AUGCCAGGGAACAUAGGUAACCGGCGGUUCACCAACAGAAUCAGUCUGGCAAAAUCUAUGAAUUCAAAAAAAUAUGAAAGAGAAAGCAAGACGGAGAAGAUGAGGGUAUAUAGGGAUCUUGGCAAUUCAAAUUUGUCUGGUUACCUGGUAGCUGACCUUGGGAAACUUGAACAUCUGCAGUAUCUGGAGCUUUACAAAAACAACCUUCAAGGGAGAAUCCCCAUUGAGCUUGGUAACUUGAAGAGCCUAAUAAGCUUGGAUUUGUACAACAACAAUAUCUCUGGAAGCAUUCCUCCAUCACUCGGGAAGUUGAAAUCUCUUGUGUUUUUGCGUCUUAAUGAUAAUCAUUUGACUGGGCGAAUCCCGAGGGAACUUGCUGAUAUUUCCAGCCUAAAAGUUGUGGAUGUCUCAAACAACAAUUUGUGUGGAACAAUUCCUAUUAAAGGUCCAUUUGAGCACAUCCCAUUGAACAA